GUAAACACAACCAAACGAAACGCGGCGCGGAAAUUCUCCCUCGCUGUGCUGUAUUUAAUUAAAUUAACAAAAAAGAAACGCAUUGCACGGUACCAGUUGUGCCAGUUGUGCUAAAUCAAUAAGUGUGUUCUUUGCCUCCGCCCGUGCUUGUGGUACCAUGUCGUUCAACUUUGGAAACACAUCGGCGCUCGGCUCAACGAGCACGCCGGCCAAGCCGGCUUUUGGCAAUUUCUCAUUUGGUGGACAAACGUCGACUCCGGCUUUCGGUGCACCCGCCGCCACCGGUGCAACGUCCGCCUUCGGUCAGCCGGCAGCCACGUCCGCGUUCGGUGCAACGGCGGCCGCUGCUCCCGCAUUCGGUGCCGCGCCCGGAACGGCAACCACCGGCACCGGCGCCUUCGGAACGCUAGGAUUCGGCGGGGCCACCGGUGGAACGACGACGGCAUUCGGAGCGACCCCCGCCAGUUCGGCACCGACGUUCGGGUUCGGCACCAACACUGCUACAGCGGCAACACCCGCGUUCGGUGGAUUCGGUACGGCCACAUCGACCGCUGGUACCGGAUUCGGAGGAUUUGGAGCCACCACUGCCACCAGCACGAGUGCUCCAGCGUUCGGUGGGUUCGGCGCGACCGCACAACCAUUCGGCAGUUCGAUAGCGACCACCUCCGCCCCAUCGUUCUUCGGUGGGCUUGGAGCGAGCCAGCCACAAGCAAGCACGGCCACCGGGUUCGGUGGCUUCGGCACUGGCAACACGUUUGGUGCGUCGACUUUUGGCCAGCCGGCCGCCGGUGGAUUAAACUUUGGACAGUCAGCGUUCGGGCAGCAGCAGCAACAGCAGCAGCUGCAACAACAACAGCAGCUCGCUCAAGCCCUCUCGCCCGAGGAAGCGUUCGUCCAGUCCGUGUUCAAUGUGUCCAUCUUUGGCGACGAGCGGGACACGGUCAUUUCGAAAUGGAACUACCUGCAGGCGAUGCUCGGGACGGGCAAAUCGUUCUACUCGCACAAUGCACCGCCGGUCGAGAUUACGCCGUCCAACUUUCUGUGCCGGUUCAAGACGAUGGGCUACAGCAAGCUGCCCGGCCGGGACAACAAAACCGGCCUGGUGGGUUUGACCAUCAACAAAACGGUGGCACAGAUUAAAGAGCAGCAGCAACAGUUCAUUGCCAGCAUGAACCAAAUCUUUGGCAACAAACCGAACAUUACGAUCGUGGUGGAGAACGUCAAGUCGAUCAACGACACGAAGGUGCAGGUCAUUAUCUACAUCGAGGAAAAGUCAACCAUCUCGAACGAGGUGAAGCGCGUGCUGGCCACCGAAGUGGCCAGCUACCUCAAUCAACCGAUGCCAAAGCAGCAGCUUACCCAGCUCGGCAUUGAGUCGGUCGUUGCGUUGGUGCUGCCGGAGGAGGACCAGCUGAAGGAGUAUCUGGACAAUCCGCCCAAGGGUAUCGAUCCGCGCAUGUGGGAACAGGCCAAGAUGGAUAAUCCCGACCCGAAGCGAUUCAUACCGGUGCCGAUGAUUGGUUUUCAGGAUCUGAAAUGGCGCAUCAAGUGUCAGGAGAACGAAACCGAAAUCCAUGCCUCGUACCUCGCGAAGGUGGAGAAAGAGAUCGCCGAGCUGAAGCAGCGGCACAUGAACACGACCGCCAAGAUAGCGGAGCAUCGGCGCAACUUUGCCGAGCUGAGCCACCGCAUACUGCGCGUCAUUGUGAAGCAGGAAAGUACGCGCAAGCUUGGGCUGGCGCUGUCCCCGGAGGAGGAAGCGAUACGGACGAAGCUGGAAAACAUGCACGCGCUCGUGUCCACCCCGACCCAGUUCCGGGGCCGGCUGAGCGAGCUGCUGUCGCAGAUGCGCAUGCAGCGGAACCAGUGGGCACACGGCAACUUCCUGAACGAGUACACGCUGGACAAGGACGCCACGCAGGAGAUGCAAUCGUUCCUGACGAUGCAGCAGAAGGCGGUCUCGUUCCUGAUCGACACGAUACACAAGGACAUGAAAACGCUCAAGAUCAUUAGCGAGGGCAUGACGCAGCUGGUGCAGAGCUAGGUUGAAUGAAGGUGGUGGAGGUAGAUUGGAACAGAACAGACAAACAAAACUCCUUAUUGGUUCGAUGUACGUUUAUUGCGGAAUAAAAUUAAUGUUAAAUCGUAAUUGCUCCA